CUCUCAGCCUCAUGACUUAGGAUCAAGAAUUGCUGUGCGGCUUUAUAAAACCAGAAAACACAAACCUUUCUCGUUGUCACAAACACCACUCAGCCAUGGCAUCCUUCCCCACCUGCUCCGCAGAAGAACUAACCCCUCUCCUCGGCCUUGCCGCCAAUGCAACAGCUGCAGCCGACUACAUAUGCACCCGUUUCACCGCCACAUCCGAUAAAUUCUCCAGCACCACAUAUGCCAUUGACAACACCUACCUCCUCUUUUCAGCAUACCUGGUCUUCGCCAUGCAGCUCGGAUUCGCCAUGCUCUGUGCAGGUUCUGUUCGGGCCAAAAACACCAUGAACAUCAUGCUCACCAACGUCCUUGAUGCUGCUGCCGGAGGCAUCUCGUACUACAUAUUCGGCUUUGCUUUUGCCUUCGGUGGACCCUCCAAUGGAUUCAUUGGGAAACACUACUUCGGGCUGAAAUCAAUUCCAUCAAGUGUUUUCGACUAUAGUUUCUUUCUUUAUCAAUGGGCUUUUGCUAUUGCAGCCGCCGGUAUUACUAGUGGCUCCAUCGCUGAGAGAACUCAGUUCGUGGCAUACCUUAUUUACUCUUCGUUCUUGACAGGCUUUGUGUAUCCCAUAGUAUCACACUGGGUGUGGUCUAGUGAUGGUUGGGCGAGUGCCUCAAGAACAAGUGGAAGCCUUCUGUUUGGAUCUGGAGCCAUCGACUUUGCCGGGUCGGGUGUGGUGCACAUGGUGGGCGGGAUUGCUGGUCUCUGGGGUGCACUCAUUGAAGGUCCAAGAAUCGGGAGAUUCGAUCGUUCUGGGAGAUCAGUGGUCUUACGAGGCCACAGUGGUUCACUUGUCGUUUUGGGUACAUUCCUUCUAUGGUUUGGUUGGUAUGGUUUUAAUCCGGGUUCAUUUCUCACAAUCUCAAAAUCCUAUGGUACUUCGGAUGUGUUUUAUGGUCAAUGGAGUGCUGUAGGAAGAACUGCGGUCACCACCACAUUGGCAGGAUGCACUGCUGGAUUGACCACUUUGUUCAGUAAAAGAUUACUAGUCGGCCAUUGGAAUGUGACCGAUGUUUGUAAUGGUUUGCUUGGAGGGUUAGCAGCCAUCACCUCAGGAUGUGCUGUGGUUGAGCCAUGGGCUGCGAUUGUUUGUGGCUUUGUUGCAGCUUGGGUGCUCAUAGGAUUCAACAAGCUUGCGGAAAAGUUGAAGUAUGAUGAUCCAUUAGAGGCAGCUCAGUUGCAUGGUGGGUGUGGGUCGUGGGGUCUGUUGUUCACCGGGUUGUUUGCGAAGAAACAAUAUGUCCAUGAGGUGUAUGCAACUGGGCGACCUUACGGGUUACUUAUGGGUGGUGGUGGAAAACUAUUUGCUUCUCAAAUCAUCUUAAUACUAGUGAUCAUAGGAUGGGUGACUGCGACCAUGGGUCCGCUUUUCUUUAUCUUGAAGAAACUCAAGUUGUUGAGGGUGUCAAAAGAAGAUGAAAUGGCAGGAAUGGACAUGACGAGGCAUGGAGGAUUUGCAUACGUUUAUCAUGAUGAAGAUGGAAGUUCUCAUCCACCACCAGGUUUCAUGAUGAGAAGGGUGGAACCAUCAAGCGCAAGUCCAACACCAAACAACGACUCAACAAGCAAUGUUGUGUAGGUGGUCAUAUUUGACUUCUUUUGUGGGUUUAUGUUACCAAAGUGUGUAUCCUUCGGUGUAAGUUAUAAGUAAAAGUUGUAUAGGAAACUUCAACUAUGGUAAAAAGAACAACAUGUUUUUGAGGUCCAAACAACAUAGAUUGUCUUUAUAUUGAUGAAUCCUAGACAUUUAGAUAUUUUCAGUGUUGAUAACCGGUUUGAUGAUAGAUAUGUUUAUCUUUUGGAUUUUUUAA